GGUGAGCACAGUCAGCCUGGCCUGCCCGGUCCCCUUCCGUCAUCCCCGGGCAGAUUUAGCUGCUGACAGCUGCUUGGGAUUCUGCUGCCAGCCCCUGGCCCCAACAUCCACCUCUCCUUUCUCAGUGACUCCUGAGCCACAGCCUCUCCAUGGCCCAGAAAGAAGAGUCCCCUGAGGCCGCUGCGCCCACCUCCCAGAACGGCGAGGAUCUGGAGGACCUGGACGACCCUGAGAAGCUGAAGGAACUGAUCGAGCUGCCACCCUUCGAGAUCGUCACAGGGGAGCGGCUCCCUGUCAACUUCUUCAAGUUUCAGUUCCGGAAUGUGGAGUACAGUUCUGGGAGGAACAAGACCUUCCUCUGCUACGUGGUUGAGGCGCAGAGCAAGGGAGGCCAAGUGCAGGCGUCCCGGGGCUACCUAGAGGACGAGCACGCCGCUGCCCACGCGGAGGAAGCCUUCUUCAACACCAUCAUGCCGGCCUUUGACCCGGCCCUGCGGUACAACGUCACCUGGUACGUGUCCUCCAGCCCUUGCGCGGCCUGCGCUGACCGCAUUAUCAAAACCCUCAGCAAGACCAAGAAUCUGCGCCUGCUCAUUCUGGUGGGGCGACUCUUCAUGUGGGAGGAGCCCGAGAUCCAGGCGGCUCUGAAGAAGCUGAAGGAGGCCGGCUGCAGACUGCGCAUCAUGAAGCCCCAGGACUUCGAGUACGUCUGGCAGAAUUUUGUGGAGCAAGAAGAGGGCGAAUCCAAGACCUUUGAGCCCUGGGAGGACAUUCAGGAGAACUUCCUGUACUACGAGGAGAAGCUGGCGGACAUCCUCAAAUAGGCGACCGGGCUCAGCCUCACGUCUGCCUGCUGCCACCAAGAGACAGCAGUGACAUGUAUGGCCAUCCGGGACAUGUCUGACUUCCUAACACCACUUGGAGCUGGACAACAUUUGACACCAACCAAUCCUACUGCGCAAGGCCUCUGAGGACUCAAAAUACACUCCUCAUAUACACUCCUCAUGCUGUAAAUCACUUAAGCCAUGCCUCUCUCUCUCUCUAAGGCUGCUCUCGGGAAAGAGGAAAGUGAGCUGCAAGAGGAGAAAUGGCGACCAUAUAUGGGCACUGGGCAUCGUGGGGCUGAAGGUCCCAAUUCUGCCCCAAAUGGGCUGCUUAAGGUAAAGAGCCUCAGACUGAAGGUCUGCCAAAUCUUUGAAAAAUGUCCAAAAACACAUUUUAUGUUAAGUUGGUUUUGUUUUUUUUUAAGAAAGAAAAACAGCAACAUUAA